UUAGACUGACUUCUCAAUUAAAAUCACAACUCCUGUAAAGAUCACAACUCCGGUAAAAGAUACACAAAUCUCAAGAUGUUCCGUGCUGUUGCAGUUUUCUGUGUCAUUGCUAGCACAAUUGCAAUCCCUCUUCCGAAAGAUAACUAUCAAAAAUCAGGAUGUGGACAGUUCAGAUGUUCCCAGGCAACCCACGUUAUUCAACAACAAGGAAUUAUUGGAAGCGUCAGGAACAAUGGUUUUAACACUGCCUUUACAGGGUUUGAUGGAAGGAACGCCGCCUCUGCAGCUUCUUCUACCGCAGCAAGUGGUUUUGAUGCGUCUGCUUCCGCCUCCGCUGUUUCUGGUAACGGUGGGUUUGUUGGACACCCAGGAGUAAUAGGCUUGAACAAUGGACUCGGAUUUAAUGGAGUAAACCCUGGUGCAGCUACUGCUACAGCAGUGACCUCUGACGCUGAGAGAACUGCUUUCCUUGGAAAUGCUGGACUUCAAGCUACGGCACCUUACAAUGGACCUAUUGGUCAUCAGGUUCCAAGCAUCAAUUACCCAUCUGGUCCUCUGGUGCAACCAAUCCCAAGCGUACAUUAUCCUACCCACCAGAUUCUUGGUCAGUCCUCUGGAGCUUCUGCUUCAGCUAACUCUAUUGGUGCUGCAGCCUCUUCAGCUGCUUCAGGACUAGCAACUGGUGCCACACUUGGAUCUGGAAUUGGAACAGGAGCUGUCUUGGGAUCCCAAUUAACAAGAAAUGUCGGUGGUCCAGUUUUGCAACCAUUCCCAAGUGUUCAAUUUCCUACCAAUCAUGUUCUAGGUCAGAAUGCUGCAGCUUCUGCUUCAUCUGCUGCUUUGGGUGGUUCUGCUUCAGCUGCAUCUGCUGCUAACAUCGGAUCUGGAAUUGGAAUGGAAGGAGUUUUUCAACCGGAAUUUCCCAGCAAUAUCGGGGGUCCAGUUAUUCAUCCAGUCCAAGGUGUGUACCGUCCUCAAUUUCCUGUUGUCGGUCAAACCGCUGCAUCUUCUGCGGCUGCUGCUUCAGCCUUUCCAAACAGUGCGUCUGCUGCUUCAUCUGCUGCUGUAGGAUCUCGAGGAUUCAGCAAUAAUGGAAUCAUCAGGGGAGCAUCUGGAAUCAACAACAUAGUUCCUGGUAGAAAGACCUACUAAAUCUAGUUACAAAUACUCGGUAAUCGAUGUUGACUGUGAUAUUCAUAAGUUAGCAACCAUGGUGACUGAAUUCCUUUUUUCUUAUUUAUUUAUUUAUUUAUUUAUUGAAUAAACAAUUGUUCAAUGA